GCGAUGAAGGGCCUCUUACUGUGUGCGCUCGCACUUGCGUUUGCUGUGGUGACCACCGACGCCCAGCGCUGCGGCAAGCAGGGCGAUGGCAUGGAGUGCCCCAACAACCUCUGCUGCAACAAGGAUGGGUACUGCGGCCUGGGCGUCACCUACUGCAAUGCUGGCGCCGGCUGCCAGAGCGGCGCCUGUUAUGACAACAAGAUCUGUGGCGCGCAGGCCGGUGGCGCAUUGUGCCCUAGCAACCACUGUUGUAGCUCAGGUGGUCGUUGCGGCUACGGCAGGAAAUAUUGCAGCAACAACUGCCAGAGCGGUCCUUGCUGGGAUCUCAAGUGUGGCCACCUGGCCAAUGGCAGGCCCUGCCCCAACAACCUCUGCUGCAGCCCAAAUGGUACAUGUGGCCUAGGACCGGAGUACUGCGGUGCUGGCUGCCAAAACGGCGCCUGCAGCACUGACAAGCCGUGUGGCAACAAAGCUAAUGGUGCACCAUGCAGCAACAACUAUUGUUGCAGCCAGUAUGGAUCUUGUGGACUCGGCCAGGAUUACUGUGGUGCCGGCUGCCAGAAUGGCGCAUGCAACUAG